AUGAAGCUCUUGCUCACCACAGUCGCGACGGCCCUCACUCUGUUUAACGCCAACGCCGCAGAUCUGUCAGACUGUGUCGCCGUUAACUUCACGGAACGCAGCACCGAUUUCGCCUCGCUCAACGCUGUCCUAGACUUGGCAGUGAGCAGUAACUUGCUCUCCAGCUUUAUCGAGGACCCCUUGAUCAUCGAAGAAGCGAACGUCGCGGCCGAAUCCUUCUCUCUACUGGGUAUGGACUUCAACUUCACCGCCGACAUCAAGCAACUUAACAUUACGGGAAUCACGACUGUGGUACCUCGCCACAUCAACGUGACGUCCCGCAAUUCUCUUCAACUCGGUGCCGACUUCUCUGGGAACCUCCAGGUAUCCGCGACCAUCGAAUUGGAGGUGGAACAGCUCAACCACCAAUGGUAUCAGAUCUGCUGGACCGAUAUCCUGCACCCGGUGACGUGUCCUCCAGCCGUGAUCGACGUGGACGUCACGUUGGGUCUUGAUCUGCUCACUCUGGGACUCAAUGGCACCUUCGACAUGCUCGGCUGUGCCGCCGGAGUGGCCACUUCUGAGUGCACGAACGUCACGGUGAGCAACAUUUUAACUUACGCGUUGACCAAUAAGUUGGAUCUGUUGGUCUCGCGAGUUCUCACUCGGUUCGUGGACGCUUCGAUUCAAGAUCUGGCAGUGGGGUUUGACUCGAUUACUGCCUUGGAUUUCGCCUUUAAGGGCCAGAGCGUUCUCAUCACGCAACUCACUAGUGCACUGCUGGACUUUACUGCGAACGAGAUCAAUAAGAAGGGGACGACCUACAAGAUUGUUAUUGAAGUAGUCAACAAGCUGGCCGUCGCGAUUCUCAACAAAGUCAUCGAAGAUCAACUCGAGCCGAAGUUUGAGGCCACUUGUCUCGGAACACGCUAG